CCUUGUUUUUUUUUUUAAUGAGAAAAAGCGAGCGAAACCAACCACAUGCAACCUCUUUUAAUAAUUUAAAUAAUGACAGAUUCCAGUGAGCGAGAUAGGGGAAGAGGAGGUCCACGCCGGCGCCGUCCACGAGGAGGCGGACCACCUGUGCGAAAGGAGAGAGAUUACGAUGGUGAUACUAGUAGUAGUCAGCCAACAUCUAGACCCAUUAUACUGGCAAAACACCCGGAAAAUGAGUCUUCACAGGUAUCCUCGUCAGGCCGUGGUUCAACAUCAACUUCUCCCACACCAUCAAAUCGCCAGUCAGAAAAGCCAGUGACGGUACUGAAACCACGAGGCGAAGAUUCACGUAGAACCCUGUCAUCCUCUUUGUCAUUACCUAGUAUACCUGUAAGUACUGUACAGGGAGAAACUCCACUGCAGCAGACAUUCUUACAGAGAACUAUUGAAGGAACAAGCAGAUUAUCUGGCCCUACAGAAAUGUCCCACUGCACAAAGUUGAUAGAUGAACACCACCAGUGGUGUGAAACUGCCUGUGAAUCAUUAUUGGAGCAAACAGAUUUCUUGGUAGUGGGUGUGAUAGGGUUACAAGGUACAGGCAAGUCAACCAUUCUGUCACUUCUAGCUGGCAAUACAGAAAUAGAUGCUCACAGGAAUUAUGUGUUCCCUCCACAGUCUAGAGCUAUUAGAGAAGAGUGCGGUCACAUGACUAAUGGUAUAGACAUCUUUGUUACAUCACAGAGGGUUAUCUUCCUUGAUUGUCAGCCUUUGCUGAGUGCCUCAGUUUUGGACCAGUUGAUACACAAUGAGAAGAAAAUACCUCCAGAAUACACAACAGCAGAGAACUUUGCGGAAAUUCAGAGUUUGCAGCAAGUAACACUCCUGCUGACUGUAUGUAAUGUUGUAAUGGUAGUUCAGGACUGGUUUACAGAUCUGUCAGUCCUACAUUUUCUCCAGACGGCAGAAAUGUUGAAACCGUCUACACCGUCAUCAUCUGGACACGACAGCAACUCGGCCCCAGAGGAUCAUCCUGAUUACUAUCCACAUAUAGUAUUUGUGCAGAAUAAGUCAGGAAGAGAAGAUUUCAGUGUUGAGAACUUCACAGCUAUGCAGAAAUCUUUGUCCACAAUAUUUCAGACUUCCAAACUGAAGAUGAAAGGUGAUGUUAAUAUGACAACUGGUAGACAGACGUUUGGAUUGAAUCCUGCAUUUGUCAAGUCGGAUCUUAACUUAUUUGUUUUACCAUGUAUGGAUGGAAGGAAAGAUGCUGAAGAUACUGUACUGACAAUGUUACCAGAGUAUAGAGGAUACCCAAGUUUCCAGACACUGAUAAACUCACUGAGGGGACAAAUUCUUGCCAUGCCAAGGGAGGCAAUAACACACACUACUCUCACAGAGAAAAACUG